GUUCCGGGUCUGGGCAUCGAAGCGAUCGUGUAAUUAUCCAGAAGGCUUUCGGCGAUGCCUUCUUCCUCGCCUUCGAUGUCGUCCACGUAAACUUGCAUCGUCAAUGCGCGCAUUUUCAAAACCCACACAGCCUGUCAGUGCAACGAUAAAAUCAUUGUUUUCUCGUCGUAUAAAUACUCGACUCGACCUUGAAUGAGUUUUUUGUUCUUUCUUACUUGAUCCAACGGACUCUUGCGCAAUAAAUUCGUGCAUAUUGUCGCACAUUCCUCGUAUUUACGUCUGUUGAAUAAACUCAGAGCUUUGAAAAGCUCCAUUGUUCGGCGAGACACAGCGGACUUGACAUCGACCCACUGCCCACUGCUCGAAGUGACCGAAGUCGAUCGUGGCAGGUGUGCUUGUGAAUCAUGAAACUGCUUUUUCUACCUGUUACACUUAUUGUAGCAAUUUAUUGAUUAAUUUCGAGCACUCGAACAAGCCGUCGUACUAUGAUUACGCGCGUCACGAAUUACAGUUAGUUCGUGAAUUCGUUUUUUAACAUCUUCCAUUAUUGGGCAUGAAUUUUAAAAAAACAGUUAAUUUAGGUUAGAAGAUGAAAUAUUAAUGGAGCGUUUUCAAACCGCCCCGCGAACUUCCAAAAGGGUCAACAGCUUUCGGUUGGAAUGCGAAUCGAAUUCUCAAUAAUUAGUAUUAACAAGUUUUGACGUUUUUCGAAAAAAUUCGAAAACCCAUUCGAUAAUUCCAAAUAUAUUCGAGAUCGUUUUAUAACAAUUUUUAAAUAAUUUUGCGCUCGAUGUCGCGAUUCGGGCCAUCUUGGAAACGAAUUUUUGCCAACUUUUCGUUUUUUUUUGUUAUUCGAUUUCAAAUCGCGAUCGGUUAGGAAAUCUCUGGUGGUAGAAUAAGUGAAAAACAAGCGGAGCAGUAAGAACGAAAAUUCAACGGUCGUUUGUUCGUUCGGUCACAACGUUGGUCUGAAAUAGUUGUCAUUUUUCAAAAUUCUACUGACGUGUCAUGCAGGAAUUAUAAAUAGCUGAUAGAAAAUGAGUUCGAUUGGUGAAAUUCGUUCGAGGUCUGAUACCAUCAAACAACUGAUUGGAAUAAAUUUAAUUUUUCAUUCUCAUAAAAUGAUUAAAAAUUCACGAAAUUGGGUCAACGCAUUUUUCAAUCGAACGCUUUGCAGGAGUCAAAAAAAACUCGAUGACUUUUUUGGGAAGAAAAAUAUUGAGGAGCAAUGUACGGCGGAAGGUUUGGAGGAAUUGCACGAAGCUUUUGUGGCUUCGGAAAAUGAACGCAUGGAUGAACCUCAGUUGCAAAAAGCGUUUGAAAAAAUUUUGAACAUCCGUCUGGAGCCUGACGAAAUGCACACUUUGUUCACCAAGAUGAAUUCCAGACGAAAUGGUUUCGUUACUUGGGACGAAUUUGUCUCCCACAUUCUCUUGGAGUUUCAAGACAAAGAUAUAAGCUGGCAAUGGCAAACUUUGGAGCCUCCUCUGAGCGGAUUGCCGGUCAUUCUGAAAACUCGUCACCGUUCUCCAAUAACGAGGAUUCUGUUCUGUCCGGAAAUUCUUCCGGACAGAACGUCGAAUUUUCGUCAAGGAUAUUACAUGACUGCCAGCAACGACGGAGUUAUAAAUUACUGGUCGAUGGAUCUGGAAUAUGAGCGGAGUGUACAAUCGGUUAAUCCAUUCCAGAAAGUCCAGCCAACCCUCGUCACAGAUUUGAUCGCUAUGCCCGAUGUCCAAAUUGUCUGCACGAGUUCGACUGAACGGGAUUUACGAUUUUACGAUACUGGAGCCAAGAAAUUCGAGUUAAGAGUGAUGAUAUCGAGACUGGAAAACGCUGUCGUUUGUAUGGGCUACCAUUUCAGUGUCGACGUGAGAGACAAUUCGUACAUACUUCUCGGGGAUACGAGUGGAUCUGUGAUUAUUUUGUCCUUCAACUCGCUCGAAAAAGGGCCAUUCAAGCAUGUUCCUGGUCAAGAUUUCGUUCAUCAUCGUUACGAGGCAGUUCUCAGAGGUGAUGUGAACGGUUUGAAGGUCACAGAAUUCAAGCACGUUCACACGAAUUGGUUGAGCCAAGUCUCGUACUCGUUGAGCCUCCGAGCUUUCAUCUCCUGCAGUCGAUGCAGCAAAUGUUCUCUCCUCGUGAGCGAUCCAACGGGUACGAAAAUGCAGUACAAAUUUGUCGUUGAAAAGGGAAUUUCGUGUUUCACCUUUUGCGAAGAGACUCAAUUGUUGUUGACCGGGGGUCCCGAUUGUACCAUUCGCAUGUGGAAUCCUUUCGUAACGCAAAAACCGAGCAUGAUCCUUCGUGGUCAUCAUUCCACUAUUUGUGCAAUCGUCCUUCAAAAUUCGGGCAAGAGACUUUACACCGUUGCCAAAGAUCGGUGCAUCAAAGUUUGGGACGUCGGCGCACAAGCGUGCAUCCAAACUUACAACGGUUUGCCGAGUGAACUCGGCGAACACACCGAAUUGUCAAUAGUUUACAACGACGUAACGCACAAAAUGAUAAUAGCGAGCAUGAUCAUCACUGUAAUCAUUUGCGAGAGAGUUAUCAAUCGAGAUGCCACUGAUGGCUUCACGCACAGUCAGCCAGUUUCACGCGUUCUCUACAAUUCCUUGUUCAGAGUGAUUGUAUCGGUGGGCCUGGACUCGUGUAUAAUCGUCUGGGACCCUUGGCUCGGCCGACGUUUGUAUCUCGUUACAAAAGCCCACAGCCAAUUACACUUCGGUCAAACAAUUGGAAUCGAAAUAACAGCCGCCUGCUUCGAUACUACGGAGCAGUUGCUUCUGACGGGCGCCAGAGACGGAUCUCUGAAGUUGUGGAAUUUCAACACCGGAACUUGCCUGAGAACAAUGUCGAUCGAAGAAAAUUGCGAAAUAACGAGCGUUGUAUGGCUGAAAAACCGCAUUUUGUGUGCCGGCUGGAAUCGCCGGGUCACCGAAUUUGCAGAUUCGGAGAAGGGAAUCCACAAAAAAAGCUGGGAAAUUCGACACUCAGAGUACAUUUUUUGUGCUUCGGUCAGAUACCCACAAGCACUGGCUACAGCCUCGUACAACGGUGAGAUGGUUCUUUGGCGUCUGGAAACCGGGCAGCCUUACAGGAGAUAUCAAGUCAGCGAUCCAACGAGACGUUACAAAAUAUUGUACAAAAAAGAGCCAAAAUUCGAAGCACCGUCGCCAAAAAGUAUGAGAAAAAAAUACUCAAGAAAGCACGUUACGAGCAAAACGAGCGGUCCAUCAUCCUCGACGAUACUGCAUAACGAAGAGUCACCGCUCGAGAAAACAGCCUUGGGAAUUACGAGAACAGUCCCCGUGAGGUCGAUCAUAUUUUUGGCGUCUCGUGAAUUGAAUCCGGAAACCGGAAGCCUCUUGGUGUCCUUGGAAUCCGGUUUGAUUCAAGUUUGGACUCAUCAUACGGCUGCUGGAUUCUUAACGGCUUUCUCGGCCAUCCAUACGAGCGGCGAUUACGCUAUGUCGUUGGCAACUGAUUCGGAGAAUGAAUUUCUCAUAACCGGUCACGCUGCUGGUUACAUCAAAGUAUGGCUCCUCACAAAUUACGUUUUACCAAAUCCACCAAAAGUGUCAAUUCCUCAGUUGCGCUUGGAAUUUCCGUUUAUGUGGAAGGAUCGAAUAUUGGGACGUGCUAAACGCGCCAUAAGAGAUCAACGACUGCCCCUUUUGCUAUCCUCGAUAAAAGGUCACACGAAACCCAUCAAUUCUAUAGAUUUUGUUCCUGCUGCUCGAAUCGUUGUCAGUGGUAGCGAUGACCAUACAGUUCGGUUAUGGACGUUGAAUGGUCGAUACAUAUCGACUCUCGGAACCUUCAUUCCUUGGGCGACGAUAUUGCCCGACAUUCCAGCGAGCACGUAUUUCAAAAAGUAUCGCAUCCCUCCUGAUAUAAAACGAAUAGGAAGUUCAACAACGAUGAAAGUUUUGCGAGGUGGUGCGACCGAAGAAAUAAUUGAGGGUUUGAGUGAGGAUCCCGUCUCGAAAAUCGAAAUAACGGAGAACGAGCGGAAUCUUUUGUACGGUAAACCAUUCGAGGUGAAAACUAUCGGCCAGUAUUACGAUUUGCAAGAAACGAAAAUUUACGAGGAAACUCCGAUUCUCGACAGUUCCCUUGCAUACAUACCAGUUUACGCUCAUUUGACGCUUCACGAUUUGAACGCCAUCGAACUACCAACGAAACCGACCAUUCUGAGGAAACAACCGAUUCGAACUUUAAUGACGGCGGUGUCAAAGUUCAAGAAACCCAUAACGUCCUCGAACGAGAAAAAUGUUACUGGCAGUUCGGAGAAAAAUGUAAUGUCGAUCGGUCUACGCUCACUGCACGACGUACAUGAAUAAAAAUUCAUUUCUGUCUACGAAAUUUAUUCGGUAUAGCCUUAAAAUACAUUGAUUUUUAACAAAGUU